AUGGUUGCUCAGGGAUUCACUGUUGAUCUUAAUAAGCCCCUUGUAUUUCAGGUUGGUCAUCUUGGAGAAGCUUACGAGGAAUGGGUUCACCAACCUAUUGUGACAAAGGAAGGCCCUCGUUUUUUCCAGAGUGACUUUUGGGAGUUCUUGACCCUUACGGUUUGGUGGGCUGUUCCUGUCAUUUGGUUGCCAGUUUCAGUCUGGUGCAUCUCGAUGUCAGUAACCAUGGGCCGUUCACUUCCAGAAAUCGUCCCAUUGGUAGCCUUGGGAAUAUUUAUCUGGACGUUUAUAGAGUACUCUCUUCACCGUUUCCUUUUCCACAUCAAAACCAAGAGUUACUGGGGAAACACGGCACACUAUCUUCUUCACGGAUGCCAUCACAAGCACCCGAUGGACCACCUUCGACUCGUCUUUCCCCCUACUGCAACAGCGAUUCUAUGCUUUCCUUUCUGGAACAUCGUGAAGCUUUUCGCAACUCCUUCAACCACACCUGCGUUGUUUGGGGGCGGCAUGCUCGGGUAUGUGAUUUACGAUGUCACUCACUACUAUCUUCACCAUGCCCAACCAACUAGAGCUGUGACCAAAAAUCUCAAGAAAUACCAUUUGAACCAUCACUUCAGGAUUCAGGACAAGGGAUUUGGUAUAACCUCGUCGUUAUGGGACAUAGUGUUUGGGACACUUCCCACCACGAAAGCCCCCAAAAGAGAGCAAUAG